AUGCUUCUUCUUUCUCCGAAUCGAGGGCAUGGUAUGGCUUUGUUCUUGGUGUUGUUUAAUAGAUGUCGAGUGCCGCUUUUCCCCGUCCGAGAAUCUCCAUCUGCUCUAAGUGGGCGAGCUAGAAUCCUUAUGUCAGGUUGGUUGUUCAAAAAACUUUCUCUUUAG